AUGAGUUGUAACAAGAAUGUCGAAGUAGCAGAAACAAGAUCUCAAAUGUUUAGAAGUUUUAUCAUUUUGCGAUCAGGAGAGGGUAUAACCUCCUUCACUAAAGGUAACAGUGCUAACUUUUCUAGUGAAAAAUGGUAAAAUGAAGCUUUCCCGGGAGUCUAAGUUUUGAUAAUACGCGAAAAAACUUGAAGUCAAAUCUCCUACUCGUAGUCAUUCUCGUCCUUGAAUCUAAAGGUCUCUAGUACUGAUCUGACAGGUACCUGUGAUACAUAUUGUAAUUGUGAGUACAGUUAACUCAGAUUGAGUGGUUCCAGCAAAAAAAAGUACAUUUGCCUGUCAUAGUAGUCUGCUUCACAGCCAUUUUUAGCGUCGUCAUGCAAUGGCUCCUCCCAACAAACACAUUAAACCACAAACAAAAAGGGAAAGGAAUGUGGUUUGAUUCUCAGCAGCUGUUUGUUGGGAGGAGCGUUGGGUUAUGACACUAAAAACGGCUGUGUAGCAGACUAGUCAUAGGUAUAUGAUGUACAUUUAAUUUUGUAAAAUCCAUUCUCAGGUUACCAGACAGGUGAGAAUUCUCCUUUAAUAUAUUGAUUUUGUCAUUUAUUAGGACUUAAUGGAAAAAAAAAAAGAUAACUAUUUUUCUGAACCACCCUGAGAACACACAUUUUAUGAACAUCAUACCUAUGGCCCAGGGGCUCCAUGGAUUGUACAUUGUAUUAGAAGGGAGAAGAGAGAAUGCCAAUAAUCAUUGCUGAUUUAAACCUUUAAUCAAAGGGAAUUUUCUGUUCAAGAGUAGUGGCCUGGUAGUAGGGGAGGAGGGCAGGGGGGGGGGGAGGGGUUGAAUUCAAACCAAUAUACAGGUACCCUCCAUGAGAAUGGAAUGAAAUGUAAUUCUGGGGCAAUGGGAAUAGGUUGUUGCUUUAAUUUAUGCAUUGAGUAAUAAUUUCAGUGAAAAGUUCAUGUUGGAUUAUUGAACUUAUCAUUUAGACACUGGUGACUUGUACUGAUUUUAUGUGACCCUGUACAACAAUAUAUUGUAAAUGUGUCUUUUCACUAAUUUUGUUUUAAUUAUUUGUUUUACAUUGGAUUUGUUCUAAAUUGUUACAUAUAAUAAUACUUUUCUCUCUCUCAAUUUUUUGUCAGGUAUGAAUGGAAACCAGACAUCAAUGCUCCAAAUUCCUGCAAAAAGGAUGAAUGAAAACUACGAUCUGGCCUUAUUUAAAGAUGCUAAUAAAAUAUUGACACUGCUCAAGAACAACAGCUUGAUAUAUGUAAACACUGAAAGUAAAGAAGAAAAACAAAAGAACAAGAAUCAUUUUCAAAUGCUGUUGUUAAAUGCAAGCUAUUUUGAGAUAAUAAUUAAAGGUGGAUCAGAUUACAUGUAUAUUCAAGGAAACUAUGUAGUGCGGUUCUACAUGGAUGGAAAAACACCACCAGAGGAUCCAGAGCCUCUGUCAUUUAGCGUAGGUAAGUGACCUAAGGUAAAUAUAAUUUUAAUAAGAAACUGAGGUUUAUAAGCUGCAUAAAAAGACCAGUACCUAUACAUGCACUGAGGAUUUUAUACAUACACUGUACAGUUAUACAGUACAUAAUUUUUACAUGUUCAUAUUUCACAAUCACUAAUAUUUACCAUUAUUCAUUUUCCCAUGGGCACUGAAUAAGAAGUAGAACAUUUUUGUUAUUUAAUUUUUAUAUCAAUUGCUUUCAGUGUAUGUGUUAAAUUAAAUUCAGGCUAAAAUUUGUUAACCUACAGUCUGAUCAGACAAAAAUAGUUGGGACACGUCCGCAGAAUGCUGUUUUUUUUUUUUCCUUCUUGCUCAUAUCCUCUUCCUCCCAAUGUUGGCAGUUAACUCACAAAAUCUUGUGAACCAACAUUGAGAGCUGGGCCAAAAGACUGUAAAGAGUUCCAAGAAUUUUGACUGGCUUAACAGGUCCUAACACCUCUCUAGUUUAUGUAAUGGAAUGGGGCAGUGUAAAAUGCAGACUCCGGACUGCUUGGGGACUAUUGUUUUUAGAGUUGGAAAACAAUGGGACUAUUAUUGUCACAUGCUCGAUUAUUUGCAUGGUGAAAACAAUAGUCCACAGUCUGCAUUUUACACUGACAGAUAAUGGAAAAUAAGAAAGAAAAGGAAAGGCAUGUUUUAAUUAGGUCUAAUUGCCCGGUCUUCCUUUCAGGAAGAGACAGGUUAUAAAAUGGCCUUGGUUUUUCCUUCAUCGUCAAAUCGCCCUCUGCUCUUUAAAGGGCAUUAAAAAAGGGAAAUUCAUUGGCAGUAGAGGCAAAAUCCCCUUGACAUGUGGUCGAGAACAAAAGGCAGCUUUUUUGUCAGUCGGUAGCGUUAACGUUGCGGUUUUUUUUGCCUCUAUCAGAGAUUGAAUAUUAUUUUGGUCAGAAUGUUUAUCUCUAGAGGAUAGAUAGAUAGAAGUAAUGUAAAUAAUUAAUAGGAAGUUUAAAAUGCGGCGGCGAUGAGAAAGUCAAAUAAGCAAUAGCUUGACAAUGCAAAACAACAACUUUGCACGUGCAUCAUGCUUUUUUGUACAUUUCUUUGCUGUCAACUGCACGACUACCCGGGAAAAUGCCUAAUUUCACGUUUUGUGUAUCUGUAAACAAGCAAUGACAAAAAUCAUCCUCAUGAACUUGAAUAUGGUUAAUAGAAAUUCAUCUCCAGAAGAGUUCGCUUGCACUUGACAAAGUAAGUGAGUUGCAAUUGGAAUAUAAUCACUGAAAAAAAUUAAUGUGAAUUCACUUUUCCAUACGACAUUUUCGUGGCUUUCAGCCAUCGUGGUAUCUUUUAAAAACUCCCUAAUAUUUAUGCAAGACUUGACCGAUGCAAGAGUGAAUACCUGUUGUAAGCUCAAGCUUGUAUUUUGGGAAAAGCAUCUUUAGUUUUCGGGCAGACAAUAAUAUUUUGAAAUCGGACGGGAAUUUUAUAUCAAACUGAUCAUGAAAGACUCCUGACUGCAUGCAUUUCUUUGGUGCAUGAGCCACUAGACAUUAAGCCCUGAUCGAGACAAUAGCCGUCGUGUACGAACUUAUGAAAAGAACUCAGGAGAAACUGUUCGCUGAUUGGGCACAAUAAUACAAAGCAUUUUUUGUGCCCCAAAAAGAGUUCAGAAAUAGUUUGGUGAGAGUCAGUACCCAGGGGCUCUUUUGCCCGUACUUGCAAACUUUCGUCGCGCCUUUUCCGACCCGACUGACUGCCCCUGGGUCUCCGAGGAUGGCUGAUCUAGCUACUUUGAAGCAUUAUGCAGUCAUGUUCAAGUACACCCCUGGGAACCUUCGAGUCUUUCCAGUCUGAUCGUCGGUAGUAUUUUCUUCCAUUUAUCACCAGUUCAUCAUCAAAGUUCAUUUGGGCUGUAGUGCAUUAUUACAUAGUGCACAUUUUCCUUCGGCGUCCUAUAAUUUUAUGAACUAAAAGAAGGCCAGGUUCACGCACCGUGCAUCUUGUUGAAAUGGUUAUGUUGAGCAUUGCUUUGGUACAUGUACCUACAAGUAAUUCAAACUUUGAGCAUUGUGACAUGGUUUUUGGCUUAAUUAAGUCAAACUUAAGAAUAUCUUUUAAUUGGAAUAAUUAUAAAGUAUGGUGACUUUACAAUUUGAGUAGAACAUUAAUUUUUUCUGGCCUUAUUUAAAGCACAGUAGUUUAAUUCCAUGUUGAUAUCAUACGUUAGGUCAAUCGAUCUGUUUUCAACCUAAGACAAUUCAUUUCAACCUUGGUGAAUUUGUUCCAGACCAGGUUAAUUAUAGAUCUAAAGGUGUAUUUGUUAUCAUCCUACAUUAGGCCAAUUUGUUGAAAAUACUUGCAGGUGAAUUUAAUUAAGUUAAUUAUCAUAUUUUUCAAAAUUUGUCAUUUAGCAGUGAAUAGCUGUAAUCGUUAAAACUUUUCUACAAGCCAUGAAAAAUUUGAACACAGGCAUGAGUACGUGUGUCAGAUCGAAGUUUUUGACCUGCAGGCAUGACAAUCACACCUUAUAAAGGCAUGUCACUUGGAAGGUAUAGUCUUGGGGAGUAAUAUAUUACUGACUUCUUGCAUGAUUGUGUAAGACGACAUUAGUCUUUCUACAUGUAUUUCGCUUGAAAUCAUUAUUUUAAUUGCUCAUUCAAGCUGAUGUCCUCCGCUUCUUGCACCUAACUUGAAGAGUCCCAUCCAGCUUUGUGUUCCUUACACUCUGUUGCCAAACAGGCCUUAAUUCUUUUCCUUUCUCACUUCCUCUCGAAGUUAAUGGCACAUUCGAGUGACUCUUCGAAUUGGGAAGCCCUAUUAGUAGUGGUAGUCACGUGCCCUUAGCUUGUCACGCUAUCCAUUGUUUACUUAUAAUUAUGCCAUGCUAGUUCACCUCAGUUCUUUUAAUUUUUCAAAUACUGCACUCCAAAAAAAUAUUUACUCAAACAGCUGCUUCUGUUUAUGAAAUCUAGAAUUAUUAACUCAAUUUAUGGUUGUAGAAAGUCGUUCACAAACCAUGAUCGACACUACCAACACACUGCGACUUCACUUCUUGUGACUGAAGUACAACUUAAUUACCUCGUUAUCUGUCAAUGCCUUUUUUGCGAUUAAUUUGCAUAAUUUUACCUUUUCGCUCACCGCACAUGGCUCUGAGGAAAGAAGCUGGACUGGAAGCUACCAUUUUGACUGAGACUGCAGCUCAGUUGAUUUUCAAAUUCUUUUAUCUCCUUAAGCCCUAGCUAAUUCCUGAAUAAUUUUUUUAGGGCUAAUAGUCGAAGGCAAUAGAGAGUCGAUCAACCUACAGUUACCUUAAGUUAAAAAAUUUUAACCAAAUUUAAUUUUGACUUGUGACAAUUUUUUGUGCACCUCACAUUUGCUCAUAAGACGACAUAUUUUAAUAUUUUUAGCAGCGACUCCAUGUGACUGAAAGGAAAUAAAGAGAUUGUUAUUACAGCACUGAGAUUACAUUAAAUUAGAUUAAGUUUUCUUGUACGAAUGAUAUCAUCAAUUGGAAGCCAACCUAAUUUAGUAAACAACAUUACUGAAUUAUCCUGAAAAUUAGCAUCUAGUAUCAUUCUGGCACAUGGUUUCUUUAAUCAUAACAAUCUGUCCAACUGUUCCUUGGAACAGUUGCCCCAUACCGUACAACAAUGUUCAAGAAUUGGUUUUAUGAGGGAAUUAUACAAUAAUUUCCCAGAGUCCAAAGACUGCAAAUUCCAAGUGAGAUAUUUGUCGAUCCUAAUUCUAAGGAGCUUUUCCCCUAUUGCCUCCUCUAGCUUAACGUCAUUCAAGAAUAUACUCUUGCAUAUCAAGGUUGUUGGCAAUUCUUGUUUCUUCCACAGAGAUUAUAAAUACCACUGAAGCAAAUUCAACCCAAGGCGCAAAUGAAGAGCAUUCCUUAUCCCUUCGUACGGGAGUGCCCUCUCCAAGCAUACCCCUCACAACUAAAACAGGUAUCUCAGUUUAGCAUUAUAAUUUGAAUUUCUUUUGUCAUCUUUUUAUUUCAAUAUUUUCCUCAGGGAUAUAAAUACGUUGACAAAACAGCUGUUUCUUCAUGUAACUACUAAAUAAUUAAAAUUUAUUAAUUGUUAUGCCCAAGCAGUGCCAUUGGGUCGUCAGUAAUGUUGUGAAAACUGUGAUGUGCUACCCUCUCUAAAUUAAAUUAAGUCACUCUAAGUCUACAACUGCCACAACAAAGAAUACAAUGACACCAGUUUUAAUACAUGUACCCCACUUUGCCCUGCCCACUUCCCCACUGCACGCAGCAAAGUCCUAGCACUACACCCCUUACACAUAAUGAUAAGCUGAUCCAUAAUGUGUGUCAUAUUUCAUUUUUGGAGUGACUACAUAUAGGUACAUGCAAGCAUCCCUUUCAUACUCUUCACUGGUACUUUAUUCCACAGAAAUCAAUACUACUGCAGAAGCAAAUAUCAUUUCUACCCAAGGCAUGAAUGAAGAGCAUCCCCAACACUUUCAUACGGGAUUGUCCUCUUCAAACACACCCCUCACACCUAAGACAGGUAUCUCAUGUAGUAUUUGAAUUUUUAGUCAUCUUUCUAGUUCAACAUUUUCCCCCAGGUAUGUAAAAUUAAGCACAGCAUUUACAGCUGUUGAUUAAGUCAAUUUAAAUUGCAGGGUUGCAUGUAACUUUGUCAUCGGCACCAAUGGCGUUGUUGCUUAUCUUUCAGGUCCACAGGCAAGAAAAACUGUACCUGUACCUUGGGAAAUCUUUUUAGCGGUGGCUGUAUACUCAAUUGUAUUGGUUGUAAUUUGUUUAUCAGUUGCCCUGAUAAGAAGAUUCCGAGUAAAUAUUUUCAGGAUGCGUGCACCCAUCGUUGAUUGA